UGGCGAGCCACUCACGCGUCAGGUGCACGGCCACAAAGGUGUCAACAUCCGAAUAUAUAUGUGGUCGCAGCCACCUGUGAAAUGUGCAAGUUUUCCGCCCUUCCUUUUGUCCUACUAGCCCGAGGCAAUCUGCACUGGCUGCUUAUAGCUCGACAACCCUCUCUUGCGCAUCUAACCAUCCGAUCAGAGUAAUUCGCCAAACCAUCAUCAGAUCCAGAAUGAGCAUAGCGAGCUUUCUUGAACUUACUUUCUCCACAGAGAAAGUCGGUCGCAAUUCGACUGGCUACAUGUAUCAACCUAAGCCAUGCUUGCAGCAUGUAGACUUUACAGCCAUCCUGGAUAAUUGCUGGGACGUGAUGACGAGCGGUGAGAUCCACAAGAUAACUGAUGGCGAGCAAGGCAUUCAGUGUGCGCAUGCGUAUAAGUAUCAAUCGAUGCAAUACCUCGAAAACACCGCGCUUUCAGGAACAAACACCAUCCUAUACUCGACCUCUUGGCGUCAAGAUGCCAAUAAGUCGGAUACUUGCGGCAUUUCCAUUGAUAUAUUCGAUUAUCGUGAUCAUCUGGCACAUCCACUCGACGACUCUUCUGGGCAAAAGCCACUCAAGGCUGCUACGCCGCCCAUCAAUCUCCACCUUGACAUUAUAACUCCUGAUAUGGAGGACGCCUUUUACGUCCUUCCAAAAUCAUUGUUGUCUGAGCUAGAAGCCGGGGACAUUUGGAGAGUUUCCUACGAGUAUGCAAAUGCAGAGCUGGAAACAACAUGGCCAGUGACGGAUGGGGAGCUUCACGUUGGCAUUUCCAUUGAAUCGGCAUGGAUGAACUGCCUUCGGGCCUCACAGACACAAAAGAAGUGCGUUCCCCAGCGGCUUCCUCCACCACCCUUGCAGUCGAGCGUGACCUCUACUACGUUGACCUGGCAAGACGUUGCUGGAUAUGGAUCAUCGGUCUGGUCAACAACUUCGCGUACGUCGGGAUGGGUCAAUGCUCUCUGUUCCCUCGCAUCUGCACCUGUUGGCGUUUCAUCCUGCGCUGAUUGUUCGCCCGCACCAUCGGCGUCAGCAUCAUCCUCUGGGUCGGGCAUCAACACCCCUCGCAACGCGUCCUCCGAAAUACACGGCGGGCCAUCUGCAGGAGCAUUCCAAGAGCAUUCUCAACAAGAGCAACGAGUCCAAGCUGAGAACGCAUAUCCCUGUCUUCUUGAGUCAGGCGAGCAGUCAAUGCAUAGCACCAAAGGCGCGAAGCCACUGGCGCCUUCGGAUCCGUCCAGUCUUCACAACAGCUCAGAGACAAGGAUGCCCAUGGGAAUACCUGACGUGGGCUGCACCUCGGCGACACAGACAUAUAGAAGGCAUCUUGCUGCCUUUCUAUCACAAGCUGCGAGCCAUCGUACUCUUCGCUUUAGUUGCUAAUCAAUCAACAAGCAUUUGAAUGGCUCGGAGCCUGUCAAUGACACUGGCGCCUUGGCUCGACGGUAUGGAGAAGAAUAGGAGGCGGAGACAAAUCAGUCCGAGCAAAGGUGUCCGCAUGGAAUGCGCAUCUCAAAUAUGAAGAAUGCAGCUGACAGAUUACUGCAUUUCCCCAAUGUUCAAAAAACGAGUUUCCGAUUCUGUACUGGCAUCCUGAAAUGUAUUUUAAAUAGAUCUAGAGCUCUGAUAGAAUGCACAUCCUUGGG